UGUUUAUCUACGUAUAUUCAUCGUUCUGCACUUUAUAACAUUAGUGUAGACUAGCUGCUUAUUUUACGUCUUCUCGUUUCGAAUGCCCAGCUAAUUCGACUCGCUAACCUUUUUCCUUGAAGCUAACGUUAGCAAACAAAACGACGCAGCAUGUAGAAAAUGUGUUUAGCACGAGCCAUUUUGUUAUGCCCUGUACAGCUAAUAUUAAUAAUAACGAUUAAUAGUAAUAUAGCAUUAAUAUUAUUAUUUGGCGUGUGAGCUUUUACAUUGCUUCUGUUUGUGGAGAAGGUUUCACAUUCCUGCGGUCUAGCUAGCUAUGAAGCUGUCUGUCUUCGUUGCUUGGUUAUUUUAGACAAAGUGUUUUUGUUUGCCUUUUUAUUUGCCUGUUUUACGCGCCCAGAUGUGCGAGGAUGUCGUUGGGAACGCGCACAAACAUCUGGGGACGUUUAUUUGUGCGUUAUUGCUCGUGUAACUCUGGUUUGUUUUGCUCAUUUUGAGACCGAGUUUGGUUUGCGCGCACACACACACACACACACACACACACACACACACACACACACACACACACACACACCUGUGUGUGUGUGUGUGUGUGAGAGAGAGAGAGAGAGGUUUACUGUUUAACUAAUAGUCUAUUAAUUAACUAGUUAAGACCGAGUCUAUAGUGAGCAACACAGUCUAAGGAACAAAUCAUUUAUCAAGAAAUGAACAAAUCCAAAUACUUAUUAAGGAUUCAAACUUUGGAAUAUUUCAUCUUACAUUUAACAUCUUCAAGAAACUCUUUGAUUUGCUUUGAAAGACGUAAAAAAAAAAUCUUUCGAGCCAUAGUUUAGUAGUUUUAAGUCGUAUUUGGAUUGAACGAUGUUAAUGUUCGUAGUCAUACAGUGACAAGAAACUACAGUCUGGAUAGAGCUUACAUACGUAACGCCACAAGCAAAAGCCCUACAUGGACAGGUCCUGGGGUUAUUUACUGUUUUCCUGUUUAACAACUGCUACACAUUUAUUUGUUUGUUUGUGCAGACGAGCCGUAGCAAUGUUUUUCUCUAUCUUAUGAUGUGAUCAUUUUAGCAGAUGCAAGAUGCCACUUCAUAGUAUGCUUCCAUCACAGCUGUUUGUAGUGUUUAGUCUUGUAGAGACUAAAUAGCCUGUUCUAAUCCAGUGCAUCGUUGGCCGCCAUGUGAUCGAAUGGUUGCGUGACGCCGUACGCGACCAAAUACAACCUGCUAGAAGCUCCCUCUGUCUGUAGUAUUAUUUUAUUUUCUGCAUGGAGGAGUUUUAUUACAGAGCGGGCACGUAAUAGGUGAUUACAGACGUCCCGCUGAUAAAAGUAAUCCAGUCAGCAUAGGACUAACGGGACCGGUACUUCUAUGCUGGUCAAAAAUCCACCAAUAGCAGGGCAACUACAUUAAGCCAGGCAGAGGCCCUGAAGGCUGACAUGACAGAUUCAAAGCUUGGCGCUGCAGAGGUCUGGACAUCACGGCAGGCUCUUCAGGACCUAUACCAGAAAAUGCUGGUGACGGACCUGGAGUAUGCUCUGGACAAGAAAGUCGAACAAGACCUCUGGAACCAUGCUUUUAAGAAUCAGAUAACAACACUACAGAGUCAGGCUAAAAACAGAGCCAACCCCAACCGAAGUGAAGUACAGGCAAAUCUCUCUCUCUUUCUCGAGGCAGCUAGUGGAUUCUACACACAGUUGUUGCAGGAGCUGUGCACGGUGUUCAAUGUAGACUUACCAUGUCGGGUGAAGUCAUCUCAGCUCGGCAUAAUCAGCAAUAAACAGUGCAACUCCAGCGCGAUUGUAAAGCCACAGCCUAGCUCCUGCUCUUACAUCUGCCAGCACUGUCUUGUCCACCUGGGGGACAUCGCACGAUAUCGCAACCAGACAAGCCAGGCAGAAUCCUAUUACAGACACGCAGCUCAGCUUGUUCCAUCAAAUGGUCAACCAUACAAUCAGCUGGCCAUCCUGGCUUCCUCUAAAGGAGACCACCUCACAACAAUAUUCUACUACUGUAGAAGCAUUGCAGUCAAAUUCCCUUUUCCAGCAGCUUCCACCAACUUACAGAAAGCGCUAUCUAAGGCUCUCGAGAGCCGCGACGAGGUCAAAACGAAAUGGAGUGUGUCCGAUUUCAUCAAGGCCUUCAUCAAAUUCCACGGACAUGUUUACCUCAGCAAAAGCCUGGAGAAACUCGGUUCACUGAGGGAGAAGCUGGAAGAGCAGUUUCAGCGACUGAUUCUCCAGAAAGCCUUCAGCUCUCAGCAGCUCGUCCACAUAACCGUUAUUAACCUGUUCGAGCUGCAUCACCUCCGAGACUUCAGCAAUGAGACUGACGACCAAAGCUUCAGCUCGGAUGAACAGCUCAGUUGGAUCCAGCUUCUCGGCCUUUUCAUGUCUUUCCUGGGUGUGAUGUGCAGCCGAGCCUUACUGAACAAGAACCAGGAGGAGAUCAUGGGCGAGUGCCCUCUGCCAGCUAUCAAGGUGUCCCUGGAUUGGCUGAGGCUGCGGUCAGGCGUGUUUACCGAGAGCGCUGUUGAACACAGACAAUACAUUUGGCCAUGGCUGGUGUCCAUACUUAACAGCUUCCAGCCCAAGGAAGAGGAUGUGUCAAAUUCAUCAGCUACUCCACUCCCAGAAGAGUUUGAGCUCCAAGGCUUUUUGGCUUUGAGGCCGGCAUUGAGGUUGCUAGACUUUUCCAAAGGACACCAGGGCAUUGCAGUUGGCAGAGACAGCUUCAUAGUUCAUGCCCGUCAUCAGAGGCUCAUCAGUUUGGGCAAGUGGGUGGCAGACAACCACCCUGGCCUAAUCCAGUGCCACAUCAGUGAUGGAUUACUUCUCUUCUUCACCGAAAUCCCUGAGCUGGCGGUGGAAGAGCCACAGGAGAAGGAACCUUCUGUGUUGCAGGAAUCAUCGAACGGCGAGCAGAAUCCUAACGAUGGCUCUUCUGGCCUCAAGUCAGUACUUUCCAUGGGGAAGAGCCAGAGCAGCGGUCUGGACAGCAGCGAGAGGCCUGUAGUCACGUUCAAGGAGAACAUCAAACCUCGUGAUCAAAGCCGUGAGCAGAGCCGUAACCAGCAGCACAGGGAUGGAGGGAAGGAGCGAGCAGGCUUUGGCAAGGGCAACGGAUUGCCACUGAAAAAUGAACAGAAGAAGGAUGGCAAGAGGAAGAGUGAAGUUAAAAAGAACUGUCACGAGAAAGCAUUGGAUGCAGGGAAGCAGGUGAAAACUCAGGCAGAAACGAGGAAGACUCCAGUGUCCGAGGCAAGGAAAACUCCCGUCACACAGACGCAGACAACUUGCUCUUCCCAGUUCAUUCCCAUACAUCACCCAGGAGCGUUUCCUCCUCUCCCCAGUAGGCCAGGUUUUCCUCCACCUGCAUAUGUGAUCCCACCCCCUGUGGCAUUUUCUAUGAAUCCUGGCUUCACCUUCCCAACAGGUGUGUCUGUCCCCACCUCCUUCCUGCAGCCUACCUCUCAUCCUCAGUCUCCCAAUCAGGUGCAAUCUGGAAAGCCCUCACACAUUCCCUAUAGCCAGCAGAGGCCCUCUGGUCCUGGGUCUCUCACUCAGGGGCCUCCUCAACCUCAAGCCCCGCCUCAGCCCCAGCAACAACAGCCAGCUCCUCCACAACCUUCCAAACAAGCCCUACAGCAGAGUGUGCAGCUUCAGGUGCAGCAGCAGCAACAGUCACCCACCAAGCAGACCUCUCAGCUGGGCAAGAGUCCACCUCACCACACCGGCAUGCCGCAGUCAUACAUGCCAGUAUCUGAGCAGGCUGGCCAAAUGUGGAGCCAACACCAGGCCCCGUCCUCCAUGUCCAAGAUGCCUAUGACCGUCAAACAACCAUUCUUCAUGCCUGCACAGGACCACAUGAAGCUCUUUGAGCACCCCAUACCCCCAACUAUGUCCCUGCAGCCCCCCCAGCCUAGCAUGGAAAAGAAAAUGAAUUUCCAGGAAGUGAAGAUGCCGGAUUUUUUCUGGGAUCCACCAUACCGUAUGACUGAGAACAGGGGGAGCUUGGCAGACAGGAUGGGAAAACACCAGCCUGGAGUCUUUUGCCCCGAACAGGAGAACACGCCCAGAGCUCCACCUUAUGAGGACAACAAGAGCUCUCCUCUUCUUCCUCCAGACCUGUUAAAAACUCUGGCAGACUUGGAGGAGGAGGAGGAGUUGGUCUUUUCUAAGCCUCAUGAUUUCUACCAGGCCUUGGCCGGCCCUCUUAAUUCUGCUCCUGGAAGAAACAUGUUUUUGUCGAGCCAGUCCAGGCUGGACAGUGGAUCAGAGGUAAUGGGCCAGUCCUCUCUUCUACACCGCUCCGUCUUUCCCAUUCAGGAGAACUACCAAAACAACAGCAUAUUCAGCGAGGCAUAUGGUAAAAACAUAGCAGGCACACCGAAGCCUGAUGUACCCAUGAUGCACCAGGAACAUUCUCUUUACUCACUGUUUGAAGGAACUCCAUGGUCGCCCUCUCUUCCUGCCAGCUCAGAUCACUCAACCCCAGCCAGCCAAUCCCCUCACUCCUCAAACCCGAGCAGUCUGCCAUCAUCGCCUCCCACUCACAGUCACGGUGCUCUGCCCUUUUCCAAUUUUGGCCCCAUCGGCACACCAGACAGCCGUGACCGCAGAACAGCUGACCGCUGGAAGCCUGAAAAGACUGGCGUAAGUGGCUUUGGGCUAGAUUACUUGCCUGCUGGCUCAUCUGCCCCAGAACCAAACAGCUGGCACCAGAGUGCCCCAACCAAUAGCUGGGCAGCCCAGGACAUGCCCAUGGACGACUCAUCCACUGUCUUACUCGACAGCUUCAAGUCUAUCUGGUCGAGCUCAAUGAUGCCACCAGGCCCUUCUGCUUUGGAGCAGCUCCUUAUGCAGCAAAAGCAGAAGCAGCAGCGUGGUCACGGCACCAUGAAUCCGCCGCACUGAAGAGAUGAACAGAGCGGGUGCAAAGCACUUGUGCGAAAACGAUACUGAAGACAAAGAAGAGGUGCAAAACCACAAGCUCCAAUCGGAAAUUUGUUUUCCGGCGUUAAUCUGCGUGUGGAGGCUGGAGACGGCGGCAGGCGUGAACCGACACGCUCCAAAGCAACCGCUUGUCUGAGCGGCAGGGGAGGUGCAGCCCUCUCCUCUCUCUUUCUCUCCGUCUCUCCAUCUUUGUCUUUCUGCGCCUCAAAGGCAUGGAGGGCACAAAAAGCACCUAAUAUACCGCACUGCUCAGCAUGUAGCCGCUGCAGAACCGGUCACAUGGAGGGUGACUUAGUGGGAACUCCCUCUCUGAUCACCACUCUGCUUCCUCUAAGGGACAAAAAAAAAUACUUCCCCUGUUUCAUUCGGGCUCUGGACGCUGGAUCGGACCUUGUCACCUGCUUUUACCUGCUUUGCAGGACUGAUUCACAGCACAUAGGAGAGAGUGAUGACGUUUGGGUGCGUGUGUGUGUGUGCGUUUGUGUAUGCGUUUCUGUUUUUGAGAGAAGAAUGGGGUGUCUAUGGACUGGUAGAAAUGGAAGGGCAAAACGGAUGGAUGAACUUUUCCAAACGUAUUAGAUUGGAGGAGGGCUCUGUGUCUAGGGUGGGAAAGAUAUAGUGAGAAUAAAGUGCUGUGUAUAUUGCAGUGGGUGUAACGAGUGUACCUAUGUUGGUCGAGCACAGGAUAUAGUUAGAUAUCUAUUGGAAGUUUUUUUUUUUGGGGGGGGGGGGGGGGUGUCUGUUAUCUGCUCUUCUAGAAAUGAGACUGCUAUGAACUGCACCAUAAUAUUAUAGCUUAAAAACGAAUCAAACGGAGGUAGGGCCUUAGACUCUAGAUAUUGAGUGUAGUAUCAUUAGCUGCAAUAGAGAUUGCAUUUAACAAUACUGUAUUUUGUGACUUGUUAUGUAGCGGUUUUAGCUUUGAGACAAUAUUGAAUUAAUAUGUUCAGUAGUUUACUGCUAAGGGGGGAGCUUUCUAUAUUCUACUCCCCCAUCCCUUCUAGCUCUUCUUGUUUUCUUGAGCAACGCUUUAACUUGCUUACGAAGCAGCUCCAUUCGUUCAUGUUCUGCCUUUCAAAGUUUUGAGCCUUUUUUUAAUAUAAUAUUUUCCAGCUCGCACACUCUCUCCUUUUUUUUUUCCCUUUUUCUUUUAAAUUUCCGGUGCCUCGUCAGUGUUUGUAGUAUUUCUUUCGCUUUGUCUGUUUGUCUUUCUUUUUUUAAAGAAUCACCAACAUCAUGGUUGGCAGCGUCUCGAAGAUAAAAACUAGCGAAGAAGAAGGAAAAAAAAAAAAAAACGGGUCCAGCAUCAACGCUGCUGGUUCAGCAUUGUGGGAGGGGGAAGCAGAAGGAACGCAAGCAGAAUGAAUGAAUGAACUGUUUUCUGAAUGAAGGGACGAGAACAUUUCCAUAGCCACUAAUUGCAACCGGAUCAGGAAAAAUCUGUAUCAAGUCCCCAGGGUUGAUCAAAAGAAACUGGUGUUUUCUUCCAUCACUCUUUAGGGGGGAAAAAAAAACAAAAAGAAACCUGACAAAGCUUUUUGUGCUGUUCCUCAAAAUAGCUACUAUUGUAUAAUAAAAGAAUGCGGAUAAAUACAGACCUAGCCGCAUUCUGAUAAGUUGUGACUCAAUAGGUUAGCGCUUGUUCUGGACAAGCCCUAUAAGAUUUUGUCUCCAUUGCUGAUCUUACUGUUUCUGUUCAAGUUUCAGUUAGCUUGAGUUUUGUUUCUCUGAUCUGGUUCAACAAGGGGUUUUGAAGAUUUUGUUCUUUUGAAAAAUCAAUUACUGUCUGUUCUAAUCUGCUGAGAUAACGUUCUGAAGUUUAGACAUGCAGCACUACAGAGAAAAAGUGUUAACGCCCGGUUUUGUGCCUCUGUUUAAUAAUGACUGGCUGUUUUCUGGCUGGAGGUCAGUUUUGGAUAAGCUUCGAUGUCUAAGUAUGUCUUCAGUAGCUUUUCUUUUUAUGGUUAUGGCGUACCAGCCAUAGAAGCCUAAGAAGAACAGUGGUUUCGCGUAUGAAGGGAAAGCACAUUUUGUUUUUGUUUCUUUUUUCUUUUCUUAAUUUUCCUGUAGAGACUUUUUAUCGGAGACAACUUUAAAUAUCUCUAUUUGCUGUGUGAUCGUGCUUCUCGUUGCAUCUAAAAAAGAAAAAAAAAAGAAAUGUAUUUAAAAGAUUUAAAAUGGCAUAAUAAAACAAGCUAAACCUUAAGGAAAUUACUUUAUAACGUAUCAAAAGAUCUAAUGAGCACAGUUAAGGCUUCAGUCACUUGCUCUUUGUCCCUUUUUAUUAUCACCCCAAACAUUGAGUUUUUCAUCAACUGCACUUGACUUACUAGGCAGUUGGUUCUAAAGGUUAUCCUCACCCCCCUGAAACCUUGCUGAUUACUGCGUAACAAUCGUCAAUAAUACCACUUCCUCUACUCGGUUUCUGACGGUGGCUGCCAUUAACAGUGGCAAUAUGAACAUUCCAAUACACGUCCGGGGAGAAAAAAAAAAGAAACAACAACCAGCUUUAUACAGCCACUUGACAGAGAAAGCUAAAACGACACCCAACCACGUUUUAUGAGAAUCCCUUUGGAAGUCUGCAUGAAAAAUAACAUUUUUGGGUAUUUAGGAAUCGAGGGGAUCUCCAGCAAAUCUUUUUAGAGGAUCUUUGUGUAAGAGGUUAGAUCACAUAUUGAUGAUGAUGUCUCCUUCUGAGAUGGGCUUGAUUUAUUGUUCCUGCCUCUUUUGACAGACAUGAAAUGCUGAAAUCAGCUAUGCCUUCAAUAAAUUAAAAAAAAAAAGUC